AUGGUGCUGCGCCUCUGCAAGUAUGGCAACAACCCUUCGAUGAUGCGCCGGCUCCAGGAGCUGCCCUUCGUGGACCCCCAGGUGCCCCUGCAGGACACGAUUAUCCGCAAGGUCACUGGUGACUCGCCGAUGCUCAGGAGCGCCGAGUUCGAUCCUUGGGCCGAUUCGAGCCUAGUGCCUUCCUUCGGGUUCUCCGGCCUCCUUGGCGAAUGCUUUCAAGAGGACAAGGCCAGUCCGGAUGCCUUCAUCCGACAGGCCGUGCAAAAGGCGAUCCAGGAGGCCAUUGCUGGGUUUGACCUUAGUUCCCUCCUGAAUGGUGCCGCCCCGACUGCACCCGUGGCGACUUCCCCUCCGGCAGGGGCCAAACUCCGAAAAGCAGCUGCCAGGCUGACUCGGGCUGCUGGCUCCCAGGCCCCGUCGACUGCCAGCCCGGACCCUACGUUGGAUGGCGGUGCCAAGGCUAAAGGCAAAGGUCCGAAGCCAGGUCGUGACAAACCCAAAGGUGCAGGGAAAGGCAAAGGCGACCAGCCUGGGUCCAGUCACUCAGGCAAGGGCAAAGGGGCAGCCGCGGCACAGCCAGACCCCUCUGCCGCGACCCGUGUGGUCACCAUUUCUGACCGCAAGCCUUCAAAGGCUGAGGAGGGCUGGCACACGGUGCAGCGUAAGCCUAAAUCCCCGGCAGCCGCCGACCCGUGGAGGCUGCGCAAAGGUGACUGGGAUUCACCUGUGAUUGUCUUCGACGAUGUUGCGGCCCGGCUGGCUGCUCACACGGAGGGCGCUUUCAAAGCGGUCGUGCUAUGUGAUGACUCCCAAUAUGAAUUGUUGUGCAACAUUGCCAAGGGCUCUAACAAGGAGCACGGCAUCACUGCGGUCACUUUGGCCAAGGACGGCAACCGGUGCGCAGGGGAGUGCGAUGGCCAGCUUCGUUUCAGGAAUGUUUCUUUCAGGUGCAUCCGAACUGCAGGCCAGGAACACCCCAAACCCCGUGUCUCCUCCCCAGCCGUUGGCAUCAUCAAGGCUGAGACCACCACGGUUCUUUUUGCCAGGUUUCAUAAGAAAUAUAUGGAGCCUGCCGCCUGGGCUGCUGCGUGCAAGGCCCCACAAGCCGAGAUGCACAUGUGGGCUGCAAAGCGAAACCUCAAACUCCACGAUUCUUUCAGUUGGUCUAAGGAGCGUCGCCCUGGUGAUACCUCUGAGGUUCAGCUUCCCAAGGAGCCCCCUUUGCAGUACCUUAGCCGGGUUAGGGCCACUGGUUCCGAGUUCGGGAUUGUGGUUGGUUUGCGGUCUUUGGGCAAAAGACAGAAGCGCGACCCGGCGGCGCCCGUGGCCCGGACGUGGCUCCUUGAGCAUGCGCCACUGCACUGGACGGCGCAGCAGGCGCAAGAAGCAUUGGCCACGACCUUCUCUGAAGUCACCAUGGUCAAACAGCGCCGCAACCGCAGCGGCAGUGCCUUCUACUUUCGUGGAGCGCAUGUCACCGACCACGACAUGGUCGCUCUUCCCAUCACGGUGGAAGACUCACAGCAGAUCGUGCUGUGGGCUCGCUGGGCCCCUGUGCAGCACAAGGUGCAGCGUCAGUUCAUUUCCGGGCAAGGUUCAUGGAGCCUUCGACAGCCCAAGGACCCUUUUACAACUGCUGAGUCGGUGCCGCUGGAACCCAAAGGGGGCACUCCUGCCAAGGAGCCAGACUCCAUCGAUGUCGAAGAGGAGGAUGCUGCCAAGACCGACAGUGGGAAAACCACUAAGCCUCAGAGCAGCGCCCAGCCUGCGAAGCGGCCGUGUCAGUCCCAACGGGCCAUUCCUGAUACGCUUGUGGCCGAAGCGAUCCCUCAAGAUGGCAAUUGCCUGUUCGGCGCCGUGUCUGCCGGCCUCGCUUUUACUACGGGAAAAGACGCGAUCCAUCCGUCGAUGUUGCGUGCCAGGGUCAAGCAGCAUUACCAAAAGCACAGGCAGGUCUAUGAGGAACAAUGGCAGGGGGAACUCCCCAAUGCAACGCCCUCUUCUGAUUUCGAUGCGUACCUUGAGGCGAUAGGCACGGAGGGACAAUGGGGGUCAUCCCUCGAAAUCCGUGCCUUAGCCAGGCUGCUUGAUGUGAGAAUCGUCGUGUAUCCACGACAAUUUCAUUUCAACGUGUCUGCCGUCCAUCGCCAACAGCGUAAGCAUGUGUUUGUACUACUGCACAAUGGGUACCAUUUCGACUUGCUGAAACCUGCUAAAGAUCAGAAGUGGCCGCGUGAAAUCAUGGAUGUCAUUGAGGACUUACCUCCUACUUUCAAGGGCGGCGGCUCGUCCUCUGAAGCAGGUACAGUGUGGACUAAACCCUCAGCUCUUGCAUCGGCCCGCACUGUGUGGACACACCCAGGUGGUGCAGCCCCGUCUGCUCGCACCAAGUCGGCCGCUCGCUCUGCCAAAGCUCCCCCAGCAUCGGUGUGGACACAGGUUGCCCCGGCAGCUGUCCAGAGUGCGCCUUCUCAAGCGUCCGAGCCUCCUCUUCAGGAUGCUGCCUUAGAGGAGAUGGUGCAAGCCUGCACUGACCCUCCCAAGCGACCGAGGGGACGGAUCGCCAAGUGCCAAUGGCUGCAGGGAGGCUUUGCUCGCUGUCGGUUGUGCCCUUUCAAAAGUCGUGCUCAGUCUGCGCAGGAGGCACAAAACGUGUUGGGACAACACUUCAAAACACACCACCGUGGCGAGACGCCCGCGGGCGGGACGCCAUUCAACAAGCAGCAGCCCUCUCUCGUGACAGAACUUUCAGAGCACCACGACUUUGUUUGGAAGUGUCGCUUUUGCAAUUUUGGGGUGACCUUAGAAGCCGCCAGCACUGCCUGCGAGGAGCGGAUCACUAGGGAUAAAGAUUUGCAUAAGCAAACUGCCCACCCCAAGCUUUCCUGGAAAGAGUGGCGACGAGCUGGCCGUGAUGCCAGCACUCUUGCAGCUACUAAGACGCGCUUUGCAAAAACUGCCCAAAAAUACCCUCCCCUUCCUGGCUUCCAGACCUUCAGGUGGCCUCGCUUUGGAGGCAAAAAGUGCGACCGCUUGAUCCGCUGGCGUUUCAGCUGGAUCUGCACCAAGUGCCAUGCUCCCUUCUCGGUCCUCAAGGAGGCCCUUGCACAUGACUCCCACUGCCCCAGCCCUUACGGCCGCUCCCGGGCCAAAGAGCGCCUCAAUGCCGUGCGCCAGGUUCGCAAGACCUAUCUGAAGUCGGCCCCGGCCCCCGGAGAGCUCAGGUGGAGAAGUGGAUUGCCGAGGCAGAGGCCAUCUUUCAGCACGGCCACCAUCAACGUGUGCAGACGCAGGGUGUCUAUGCAUGAUCAGGUCGAGGCUUUCCUCAAAGACCAUUGUAUAGACAUUGCCGUUCUUCCUGAGGCAGAUGUCAAUGAGGCCUCUGGUCUCUCUUUCUGUAAUGCGUGGCGGGCCAAAGGGCUUCAUGCGGCCCUUAGUCGCCCGGAGGCUGGAGUCUCCAAGGUGGCUGUUGUGUCUUCUUUUCCCUUCAAGCAGGUUACCCUUACUUCUGGUGAGGCUGAGACAAGACAUGCGGCGAUCCUCGUGGACCUCAAAGGCCCUUGCAACGAAGUCGUGACACUCAUGGUGAUUGGCGCCUACUUGCAGUCUGGCGACGAGCCAACUGCGGCGGGGCAAGCCAUGGACUUAGCUCAAAUGGCCGUCCACUCCGGAUUUAAAUUUCUUCUUUUGGGGGAUUUCAAUUUGGAGCAGGAGCAUCCAGUCAUCAGAGAUUGUGUCUUGACCGGCAUUGUUCGCCGAUGCGAUGACUGCCACCCCGGCGUCUUACCGCCUACUGGCCCGAUCUUCCGCUCCCCUGCUCCGCCAAGGUCCUCGACGACGCCCCUUUCGCCUCCUCAACCUGCAGAGGCUCUUGAGAAAAAAGGGGAAUUGUACGACGACGCUGCUUUUCAAACUGCUUGCCAGACUGGUGAUCUUGAUGAAGCCUGGCGUUUGCUGUCGGACUGGGGCGAGGAUCUCCUGUGCGACCCCGAUCCGAUAGCUGUACCUCGGAGUGCCGCCUGGACUCCUGCUGUUCCCGCGGCCCCUCGCACGGGCAAGUGUGCAGAAAGGUCGGCAGGCCUGAGAGCCCUCUUGAAGCUAUUGUCUCGUCUUCGCAUGGCUGCUGCCAAGCCUCACGACCUACCAUUGUGGCGUCGACUGGCUAUCUCUCUUGGGAAUGUUCGCCGGCUUGUUCCCGAACUGCCCCCUAUCGGCAAAACAGAUGAUGCUACGGUGGCUGCUGUUGCUGCCCUAGUGCAAACCUACUCUGAGCAGGAACGUGAGGCAGCCCGCCGGGUGUGGAAACGGGCCACGCGUGACUCCUUGGCGGCCUCUCGUGCAUACGUCAAGAGAAAGGCCGAUCAGAUUCUUGAGUGGGACAAAACCGCCGCUGAGGAUCGGGCUCCCACCAGUGGCCGGCAUCCUGCCGUUGAGGUCGACCGUCAGGCUGCAGAGUGGAAGCAAAAAUGGCGCACUCGAUGCUCCGACUCAGGCCCAUGCUCUCAGGUGGCCAGAAUCUUAGAGUCUGUGCCUCGUCCUCCCCCUAGUCAGGUGGAUUUCCAGAUCUGUGCCGGCUCGCUCCGAACCUCGCUGAGCAGCAUGCAACACAAGUCCUGUGGGCCGGACGCCUGGACGGCCUCUGCUCUCCUCCAACUCCCGUCUCGGUGGUGGCGAUGCGCCGCCCAACUGUGGGGCUGCGUGCUUCAGCACUCGUUGGUGCCGGAACGCUGGCUCUGUGGAAGAACCGCUUUACUUUGGAAGCCGGCUGGGGGCACCCGCCCGAUUUCCAUUUUACCUUUCAUUUGGCGAUGCGGCGCGAAACUCUUAAACCAGCAACUUGAGACUUGGACCUCUAGCUGGAGGUGCCACUUCGACUCAGGUGGCAUUGCUGGCACGUCCAUUGACACGGCCCUUCAACAACUCUCUCUUGAGCUCCACAGUGGUGCCCAGAUGGCCGUCCAGCAGGAUGUGAGUUCCUUCUUUGAUUCUUUGGAGCACGGGCUCACUGCCCAACUGUUGCGACACCUCAGGGCACCUGAGUCCCUUGUCAGCCUCUUUGAAAACUACUGUGCUCGAUCUUCACGACUCUUCGCUCUCCAGGGAGCGUUGGGCAACGGAUGGGUGCGGCCCGAGAGGGGUCUCCCUCAAGGCUGCCCUUUAUCUCCAGACGAUGUGGCGGCUGCUAGUGUCACUGGACAUGCAUAUGUCGAUGAUAGGUCCGCUGCCUUUGACACCGCCUUUAAGCUUGGCUUGUCGUUGACAAAGUGUGCUGUGGUUGCUGCCCCCUCCAAUGCAUCCGCGGCCCUGCUUGCCAAGGUUUUGCUCCGCCUGCGGUUGAUGCGUGGCUUGGACCUCCGCUUGCAUUCGGCCAGACACUUGAUCCGAUCGUUGGUGGUGCCGUGCUUUGCCUGGGCUGCCCCGUAUGCAAACCCAGAUCCGAAGGAACUCGAGGCCAUCAGGAAGGAAGUGCUGCUGCACCUGUGCUCCCGCCAAGUAGGUCAGGAGGCUGCAAGGGUGUUGUUCUACGAAAUCGCAGGAUGGUACCUGGAGCCUCGAUUUGCGUUGGAUGCUGCUAUCCUUCGUGCACUGUGGCGGCAUGUUGUGCGCCCGCCCUCCUGGCAGGAAGCACUUCCUUUGUCGGCAGCCCCUGUCUCGCCUCUGAACAUCCUGCCCUGCCUUCCUGAGGUGCUGGAUCGCCUUCAAUGGCAGCUCACUGCGAAUGCCAGCCGACUGCUUUGCCCCGGGCCUUCGGGCGAACCUCGACACGUGUGCAUCGGUUUCGAGUCUUUCAGUGUGGUGCUCCGUUGGCUCACAGAGGCGUACCGCAUGAAAUAUGUCUUGAAAACGGGCAGAGUAUGGCAACGUAAGGUCCGCGACCCGGGCAGUGCUGUCGGCAUUGAUUGCCCGCCACCUCCGCGCACUGCCCACUAUGAAUUUGGUGGCCAUAAGGCAGUGUUUCAAGAGGCCCGUGGGGAUCGCAACCUCGCCUUAGCAUCCUUUGGAGCCGGCUGCACCAAUUGGUUUUUCAACGCAAAGGGAAACUUUGCACCCGAACACCAGCGUCAUAAGUGCAUGUGCGGGGGGUCCCAUCCGUCGCGUCCCCACCUCGUGUGGAGUUGCAGCCACACGGCGAGCAUCAGGCAAGGCAUUGCCGUUCCGCAAGAUCGUGCUGCCGAGAGACUGUUUGCGCAGCCGGUUCCGCCCAUGCCUUCUGCACCGCAGGCCGUCGACACGCCUGGCUUCAUUGCGGAACUUGUCGAGCAAUUGGUGCCGCGCUUGUCUCAAUCUGUCAUGAUGGCUGCCACAGAUGGCUCCAGCAAACACGAGGUGGGAGCUAUGGGCUUUGCUUUGGGCUCCACCCGUGCUGCCCUUGCCACUGGGGAUGCAAAUGAGGACCAAACCUCAUUCAGGAUGGAACUGCGGGCGGUCUACUUGCUGCUCGUUGCAUUGCAGGAAGCUGUUCGUCAGACACGUGCAGCUCAAGCCUUCUCCUGCCGACGCCUUUGGCUGGCGAUUGACUGCGAGUCUGUCAUUCUUGCUGUCAAAGGAUGCCGGGGUACAGACUACUUCCUGUUGCUUGAACAAAUUCGCCAAGCCCUGAAAGAACUUUCGAGGCAAGAUUUGCAGGUCACAAUGGUUUGGACUCCGUCUCACGGGAAGAAACCCCGGUGGCAGCCGCCACAUGGUCUCAACGGUGACACUCUCAGAGAGCUGAACGCUGCAGCUGAUGCGGCAGCCGGGGCUUGCAUGGAACGCCGACUUCGCAACUCUGCCAGGGAACAGUGGGCCCAGCUACGGCAACAGGCGAUGCAGUGGGAGGUUCGCACUCUCCGCGCGGUUGCUGCCACGGCGUCUGCUUACCAUAGUUACUUGAAAACUGUGGGGCACGGGCCGAGGGAUGAUUUUCCCUUACGGGCUGAACCUUAA